UAACAAAUCAUCUAAAUAUGGAACUCAAUUUAUUCGGAACCCAGGAAGAAGACUAUCUAAAAGAUCCCUUCUUCUCAUCAGAUCAUCCCUUGUUUACUGAGAAGCAAGAGUUUCAGCCUGAGGCUCCAGACUAUAAUUUCACGUUUAGCUGUACUAGAGACAAGAAUGCAAGCGAGAAAGACCAAGAGCAUCUCAGUCCUAAGUGGAAGAAAGAGAACAAAGUCAUAAAGCUAGAUAAGCCAGCUCAGAACGAAGAUCUUAAAGUUCAGAACGAACUGGUUAAGCAGAGCUCAACUUGUCGCCUCCUUGAAAUGAUCAAGAAGGAAGCAAAUAUUGGUAAAAAUACUGAGGAUCUUUCAGAGAAGGAGGAAUCCGAAGUUGAAUCGAACCCUUCAAGCGAGUACCUCCCCUGCAGAAAGCCUAAAAGAAAAUGAAAGAAGAGAAAGGACGUUAUCUUUAAAGCAAUCCUGCGUGAGUGAAGGAGAUUUUACCAAAUCCAAGUUAAUAAUUUGACUGGGUUCAUCAUCUCCAAAAGAGAAAGGAACGACUCCUAUCUGUACAAUUGUAUGAAAAAGUUCAACCAAGAAGGUUUAAAGAGAGCAGGAACUUUUGAAGAGAACUUUUAUCUUGCUGCCUUACUCUAUCCACAAGACUUGAAGAGGAAUCUGGAUGCAUUCCUUGAUGAAAAGGAGUGGGAUGAUUUCGAGCUGGCUAAGCUAGAGAUGCUAAGCACGAUCGAAAAGAUCCAUAACACUCUGUAUAAAUACUCGUAUGAUAAGCUCGCUUUCUUUACUUCAAAGCCAGAAAUCGCUUUCCUUUUCUGUUAUUAUUACGAGAAGGGAGCUGGCCCAGACAAGGAGAAGGAGAAGUUCAGCGAAGAGUUCGAACUAAUCAGGCAGAAAUGCAUGGAUACCUUAAAUAAGUAAGGUAUCCCCUCUAUAACAUUCAUUGUACAUAAAAAGUAUUCUUAAG